AUUACCAAACGCUCCCACUCUUUUUCUUUUUUGUUUAUCCCAAACUUAUAGCGUAGAAGCUUUAUACGUGUGCCUCACAAUUCUGCUGAAACUGUGAAGGCAAUGGAUAGCUUAACAACGAGCCCAACAGCUCGGAUUUUGACUACUCUGACCCAGUUCCCAACACGACAUGACCACCGACCCAGAAGAGGUUGUCUUGUCCUUCGACCUUCUCGUACACUUCGCAGAGCUCCAAGUAUCGUUUGCAUGGCGGAACCAUAUUUGAUAACGAAGCUGGAGUCUGCUGAGAAGACUUGGAAAGACCUAUCGGUCAAGUUAGCUGAUCCAGACGUCGUCUCAAAUCCCAGUGAAUACCAAAAGCUGGCACAAUCUAUGGCUGAGCUUGAUGAGGUUGUGUCAACCUUUAGAAGUUUGAAGGACUGUGAGAAGCAGUUAGAAGAGGCAAAAGCUUUAGCAAAAGAGAAUGGCACUGAUGAGGAUAUGGCAGAGAUGAUAACUUAUGAAAUUAAGUCUUUAUCCAAUCAACUCAAAGAGCUUGAGGAGAAACUAAAGGUGUUACUGCUACCCUCCGAUCCUCUCGAUGCAAGAAAUAUAAUGAUUGAAGUAAGGGCGGGUACUGGUGGCGAUGAGGCUGGAAUAUGGGCCGGUGAUCUUGUCCGUAUGUAUCAGAAGUACAGUGAACGAAAUUCUUGGAAGUGCACCCCCUUAUCAAGCUCAGAUGCUGAAAAAGGAGGAUUUAAAACUUUUGUGAUGGAGAUCAAAGGGAAUCGUGUCUUCAGCAAAUUAAAAUAUGAGUCUGGUGUUCAUCGGGUUCAACGUGUUCCUCAGACAGAAACGCAGGGUCGUGUGCAUACGUCUACUGCAACUGUAGCCAUAAUGCCAGAGGUGGAUGACGUUGAGGUGGUGAUCGACCCAAAAGAUAUUGAACUAACAACAGCGAGGUCUGGGGGUGCAGGAGGCCAGAAUGUCAACAAGGUGGAGACAGCUGUUGAUCUUGUCCACAAACCAACAGGAAUUCGCAUCUUUUGCACUGAAGAAAGGACUCAACUCAGGAACAAGGAUCGUGCUUUUCAGUUGUUGAGAGCAAAAUUGUAUGAGAUGAAAGUAAGGGAGCAACAAGAAAAGAUAAGCAGUCAACGGAAAUCACAGGUUGGCACAGGUUCUCGUGCGGAAAAGAUUCGAACGUAUAAUUUUAAGGACAAUAGGGUUACUGACCACCGGCUAAAGAUGAACUUUGAGCUCACCUCUUUCCUUGAUGGUGAUAUAGAGACUGCAGUCCAGGCUUGUGCUGCUACAGAGCAGAAGGAACUACUAGAGGAACUCGCAGAGUCCACAGUUGCUCCAACUGGCUAAUUAGCAGCAUCUAUGGCAAGUGAUUAGUAAAUUCAGGUUUUUGGAUCAGAUACGCAGGAAACCAUUAAUAAAGUUUCUCAAAAAAAAAAGUUGCUCUUAGCAAAUGAAGGAAACGAUGUCUGCCCCCAAAACCUGUUUACAUGAAAACAUUCUUCUGUAAUUGGCUGAUAUGUUUGAUUAGAAGACCCUUAUUUUAUUUUAUAUGUAUGUACAGAUGAAAUGAGGAAAUGGUUUCUAUUGAAAUUGUAAGAUAAAGGGUAUUCAUAUCUGAAA